AUGGCAGCUACCAAACCAGUAGCAUUGGUGAUUGGAGCGUCCCGUGGAAUCGGCCGGCAAAUAGCUAUAGGCCUGGCAAAGGGAGGUUAUGCUGUCUACCAUCAACACGGUAGAACGGGGAGAUCCGGGAAGCAGGCGGGCGAUGCGGUCGCACUGGCAGUGGACACUAGAGAUGUAGAUACCAUCAGUCAUCUCGUGCAACAGACUGUUGAAAUAUACGGUAAACUGGAUGUUCUGGUUUACAACUCCGGAGCCAUAUGGUGGUCAUCCGUUGAAAAUACGCCUGUUAAACGGUUCAAACUGAUGCAACAAGUUAAUCCAGAAGGGCUGUAUGCUAGUGUACAGGCAGCAUUGCCCUAUUUUGGGAAGAAUGCGUGGAGGGGUAGGAUUGUGGUUGUAUCACCGCCAAUUUAUUCGAGAUUCUUUAGGGGGAAGACGGCAUACGCCAUGGGCAAGGUCGCAAUGAGUGUUCUAACCAAAGGGUUGGCGAUGGAUUUUGUUCGCCAGGGACGCAAGGACAUGGCCAUCACCAGUAUAUGGCCUGCUGUGUCCAUUGAAUCCGCUGCAACAAAAAGAUCCACAGACCAAGAGCCAUCACUUGCAAAAGAUCUGCGAAAGCCCACAAUUUUCUCUGACGCCAUUCUGGGGAUUCUCCAUGCUCCCGCAUGCGCCGUAAAUGGCCUCCUGACUCUAGAUGAAGACUUCCUACGAGAAUACUGCAACGUAUCGGAUUUCUCUCAAUAUAACGUCGUGCCAGGUUCCAACCCGAGGAGAAUUAUGCCCGCAAAAUUCCCUGUUCUAGAGGUUGCGGAGCAGGACGACGAGGGGAGGAGAGUUGAUAGUACAGCUCUCAGACUUGCAGAGGGGAAAUCGAGACUGUGA